UUACGCUUAUCGAAGAUCGUAUCUUUUUCUCUCUCCGGAUAUUCUUCUACCCGGUCACUGAGAACGGAUAUUUUGAAAGAAUUAUUUGCACUAAAAAGAAUUUUCCACAAAAGAAUUUGUUGGUUCUGCUGAAAAAAACUGUUCUGAAAGAAAAUAAUGUGACCAUAAAAAUUCGGAAUUUGUGUUCGUUUACCCGAUAAAAUUGUUAAUUGUCAUCAGCCGGUGAUGCAUGUGGAAUUAAAACGUUUGGUGAUAGUGGGAAAAAAUCGUCUGUUGGUAAAAGAGUUUUUUAAAAAGUUUUUUUUGUGGCUGCUUUCAUCAGUGAUAAUGAAAAACUUUUUUACCUAAUGUGUUUUUGUGCCAUCAGGCGUGCAUAUAUUUGAGUCUACUUAAUAUUGUUUAAAACUUUUAAUUUACAACCGUUGCAAAUGCAGAAAACGUUUCGUUUUUUUCUUUUCGUUUAAAUCUUAAUGAAAGAAUCCCCAUGUAUUGAAUAUUAACCCAAGUACCAAGACGAAAAUUAUGAUUAAGUUUCAGAAUUUUUCAAAUGUUUUUUUGUGAUGCGAUUUGUUUGCUACGAAUUGUGUUUUUCUUUUUGAAAAAAAUGUGCUUAAAGUAAGAAAGAAAAGCUAAAAAUAUUCCUUUUCUGAAAUUAAUUCAUCAUAAAGGCUGAAUGAGUGAUUCAAUCGGAGACUCCUAAACAUUAAGAAGGAAUUGCUUCUACAUUGUACAUUUAAAUUAUUAAAAUACAUUUUCCUGCAAGCAAACGCUUUUACGUUUAGAGAGUGGGGGAAAAAGAGUUGGAAAACUAAUCAAGUCGAGUGGUGAAUAAUGAGAAAAUGGAAUUAGCUUUCAAACACUGUGCUUGUGUUGUGCCUCACUUUUACCUUUCAGCGUACCUCUUCCCACGCCGAGUAAUGAAAUUAAUUUUGUAAUUAAAAGUUCGCUAAUUGGAUUUUUUUCCCUCUCCCGCUGUUGCCUGAGGAUUUGCUUAAUUCCUGAUCUAAGAAUUUAAUUCUGCUAAAAGAGGAGAAAAAGCGUUAUGGAAAGAAAAGUGUUUUCCCUUACGAAUGAAAUGAUUAAAAGAGAAUUUCUUUAUCAUCUGGUGUCGAAUUUUUUAGAAAAAUUGUAACUAAAGUGUGUGAAAUUUUUGAAAAUGGUUCUCCCACCUGGAAUUAAUUCCUGUUCGUGAAUUUAUUUUCAUUUGAGUGUAAUCAUUCCUUUUUUAUGAAAAUGGAAAGGACCAUUUUAAAUCCUUUUUCAUCAGCUGAUAAAUCCCAUUAAAGUUGUUUCGUGAGUUGGCAUUUCUGAAUUCCACAAAAGGAUUACUUAGUGAAUUUGAUCUUUUCUUCUGAAAAUGGUGUUUGGAGGGGUUUCAGUUUUACCAGAGAAUAAAAACAUGAUGGAUUGUGUACUAAUGGAAUUGAAAUCGCAUAAACGGUUUCAGAACUUCGGCAAGCGGUCUGGCGGCAGUGGCCGAAGGGUCAACGAAUGUUUGAUCCUGGAACCUUCAGAGAUGAUCGUGAUUGAUUAUCCUGAUGUCCAGUUGAUGCGACCUGGUCAGCGGCAGUCAUGUACAACUAUGAACUUAGAGAAACUGCUGGCCUUAGAACAGGAAGAAGUGACCAUUGCUCUGGAUGCUCGGCAAAGAUUCUACUCUGAGGGCUGUAAUGACAACUUUAGACAGCGAUUACAGCUUCCAUUGGAAUUCCCCUCGAUGCUUCAUCGUGGGGAAGCACUGCUUAAGAGUUCCAAUCGAAACUCUCAUAGCAGCGAUUCUUCGUCAGCCUAUUCCGGUUCAGAUACAAUGCAGUCAGUCCAAUCUUCAUUGGAAGAUCAGGAGGUGGAUUUGUCUGGACUUAUUGAAAGCAUUGUUGAUUCUGAUGAAGAGGAGGACCUAGCAGAAUCUCUCAAUAGUCUUACUGUAAGGGAUACAGUAAGAGAAUGCUUGGAGAAGGAUCCUUGCGAAAGAACAGAAGAUGAUAUAGAAGUAUUAUUAGAAUUCAUGCAGCAUUUGCCUGCCUUUGCCAACAUGACUUUAGCAAUUCGAAGAGCUUUGUGUGCUGUCAUGGUGUUCGCAGUGGUGGAAAAGGCUGGCACUGUUGUCAUGAAUGAUGGAGAGGAGCUUGAUUCCUGGUCAGUAAUUGUCAAUGGACAUGUAGAAGUGGAGUUACCUGGUGGAAAAAUUGAGGAACUUCACCUUGGGGAUAGCUUUGGUAUCACCCCAACAACAGAAAAAAUGUAUCAUCAGGGAGUGAUGAGAACAAAAGUAGAUGAUUGUCAGUUUGUAUGCAUAGCACAGAGCGAUUACUACAGAAUUCUGCAUCAAGGAGAAGAAAAUACUCGAAAACAUGAAGAGGAUGGUGAAGUAGUUCUAGUCACUGAACAUAGGGUUCUUGAUGGUGGAAGUCGCCGAGGCCACAUUGUUAUUCGUGGUACUGUGGAGCGAUUAAUGGCCCAUUUAGUUGAAGACAAUGCUUUGGAUCCUAGCUAUGUGGAAGAUUUCUUACUUACAUAUCGAACUUUUAUUCAAAACCCAUUAACUAUUACAGAGAGUCUUCUUAGGUGGUUUGCAGAUCCACACCUCAGGGAUAAAGUAACAAGAGUUGUACUUCUGUGGGUUAAUAAUCACUUUACAGACUUUGAAACUGAUCCAGAAAUGAUGGAAUUUUUGGAACUGUUUGAAGCUGGAUUAGAAAGAGAAAAAAUGCAAAGUCAACUGAGACUAUUGAACAUUGCUUGUGCAACUAAAGCACGCAACCGAACAGUGACCUUAGCUAGGUCAACUAGAGAUGAAGUCUUACAUUUUCAUAUUCUUGGGGGAUAUGAACGUGGUUUUGGUGUUUUUGUUUCAAAAGUUGACAAAGGCUCUAAAGCUGAGGAUGUUGGAUUGAAAAGAGGAGACCAGAUUUUAGAAGUAAAUGGACAAAGCUUUGAGCAUAUGAGUCACGCACGUGCUUUGGAAGUUUUACGAGGGACAACUCAUUUAUGCAUAACAGUACGAUCCAAUUUAUUAGGUUUUAAAGAAAUGCUUAACACCCCAGAAAAUUCACCAAGACCUAGAAGUCGCAAAGCAUCUGAAAUCGCAAGACUUCAACAUGAUCCUCAAGCAAGGUUAUCUACUCAAUUAGAUUGGAGUGAUAUUGGUUUUCCAUUAGGCGUAAGUGGUUAUCCUUUGAGUAUUGUGCCUAUCUUCAAAGCUCCCAAUUCACCGCCAGCAAAAGCUGUGAGAUCUGUCAGCAAUAACAGUGGUGACUUGAAGAAAGAGGACAAGAAGGGAUUUAUGACGUUGGGUCAUCGGGCUAAACUUAAGAAAGCUCUUGUAAAAAUGAUCAUACCAAAGACUCUCAAUCAUGAAUCUCAACUGAACAGUUCAGAUGACAGUCUGUACUCCAUACACAGUGGAAGCAGUGCAGGUUCUGGUGGAUUGGGGGUUCGGACGGCGUCCCCCCACAGGACUGCUGGUGGAACCUUGUACCACAGCCACAGCAAUCCUGACCUAUCCUCGGUGACUGCCUUAAAUGAGCCCCCACUGUCUUUAGACUACCCUGAGCAUGUCCUCAAGGUGUAUAAAUCUGAUCAAACCUUCAAGUUCCUGCUGGUUCACAAGGAAACAACUGCAAGGGAAGUUGUAAUGUUAUCUUUACGGGAAUUUGGCAUCACUGACCCUAGCAGUAAUUAUUCCUUAAGAGAAGUUUCUGUCGGUGAUGGCGGAGUGGUCAAGCAACGCAGGCUGCCAGAUCAAAUGCAGAAUUUAGCUGAAAGAAUUGGCCUAAGUAGUCGAUAUUAUUUGAAGAAUAAUUCUUCAACAGAACCUCUUGUUCCUGAUGAAUUAGCCACAGAACUCCUCCGUGACAGUCAAGUGCACUUUUUACAGUUAAAUAGUGUAGAAGUAGCCACACAAUUAACUCUGGAGGACUUCAGUACUUUUAGACAAAUUGAGCCUACAGAAUACAUAGAUGAUUUGUUUGAAGUUAAUUCAAAGUAUGGAACUCCUCAACUUUCAAAGUUCGCUGAGUUGGUGAACCGUGAGAUGUUUUGGGUAGUCACGGAAGUCUGUGCUGAACACCAACUAAUCAGACGAAUGAGAAUUGUUAAGCAGUUUAUUAAAGUUGCAAGACAAUGCAAAGUCUGUAAAAACUUCAACUCCAUGUUUGCAAUAUUGAGUGGACUGGGCCAUGGUGCUGUCUCAAGACUUAGAGCAACUUGGGAAAAAUUGCCAACCAAAUAUCAAAAAAUGUUUUCAGAUUUGCAAGAUCUAAUGGACCCAUCCAGAAACAUGUGCAAAUACAGAAAUCUUUUAAAUAGUGAACACACUCAACCUCCCAUUAUUCCAUUUUAUCCUGUUGUGAAGAAAGAUUUGACAUUCAUUCAUUUGGGAAAUGACACUUUUGUAGAUAAUUUGGUUAAUUUUGAAAAAUUAAGGAUGAUAGCAAAAGAAGUUCGUCAGUUGAUGAAUAUGUGUUCAGCACCUUAUGAUUUGUUCAACAUGUUGGAAAUUGGUGGUGCUCAUCCAACUGCUGCUAUGGCAUCUUUAAACAGUUUUGCAACAACUACAAAUGCAGCGACUGUUAAGAAACGAAAGAAAAGCACUGCUCAGCCAAACCCAAAGAAAAUGUUUGAGGAGGCUCAAAUGGUCCGUAGAGUAAAGACAUAUCUUUCCAACCUAAAAGUGAUAUCUGAUGAAGACAAGUUGAGGACUAUGUCCUUAGAAUGUGAACCCACAACAGCUUCCAUCCCUAUGACAAUGCCUGUUGUUCCUCAGGUGCAACCACCAAGAAAAAGGCAUCCCUCUCCCACCUCAUCCACAACAAGCAGUACUAGCAGCACAUCGGAAGGAAAAAAGUCUUUGACAGCUGGCCCUAAAUUUGGUGCAGAUUCACCACAGGCUGUUCGCAAAUUGCUUGCCCUCUCUGACCAAAAUAAGGUGCGCCCUCACCAGCCACCUCGUCAUCAUCAUUCCUUGUCCCCCUCGCCCUCUCCGAAUGCCCUUCGGAGAAAGCAUGAUGGGAGACAAGGCCAUGGCCGUUCCCACAGUGAUACAGCUAAUCCUUCAGUCUUGCCUGUGGAUUUGAGUGCAGAAAGUUCCAGUGUUACAGCCCUGAGUAGCCUGCCACUGAGAAAAUCUCAAACAUCAGGUUCCGUUACCUCUAGUGACAGUAGUAGUACUGGCAGCUAUCACCAUCAUACACUUUAUGAAAUUGAUUCUGGUCAUGCAACUAGCUUAGACAGCCACAGUAGCAGCUCUUUAGGUUCUUCGAAUUCACCACCUCAGCAACGAAAUCAACAUAUGGUUUCACAUUCUCCCCCCAUCAUGCGUAUGCGAUCUUUUCCUCAUAUGAGUGUCAUGCCGACCAUACCUGGAUCACAAGCUAUGCCACAUCCCACCCACGUUCUUCCUCCACCCCCUCCACCACGAAGUGCACCUCCACCUCCAUACCCUCGUUCCCAACGUCCACCCGACUACUCCAUUGCAGCUCAGAUGGCUGCCAGGAGUCGUCAGAUGGUUCUGGGGAGAGCGCACAGCGUUGAGGGUACAGCCAGCUAUUAUGAUGAUGUCACAGAUCCAGAAGAUGAUGAUGAUGAAGCCCAAGUUUCUGCAGUGUGAAAAAAAAAAAUUUUGAAGAAUUUUUCUUUAAUUUUUUUUAAUGUCUCCUGUGAUCAAACGUCACUCUUCAGUUACAAUCCAACAGCAAAUUACUUUGCUAAACUGAUGCCAGUCAAAUCAAAAAAAGGAUUUUAAAUGUACGACUUGUGUACUAAACUGGUGAACAAGUUAGCUAUGAACUCGCUACCAAAGAACAUCAAUUUGAGAAGAAGCGGCAUGUGUUGUGUUGAGUGUUUAAUUCGGACUUUAUUCCAACAGAAUUCACCACUGCAGCAAAGCACUCGUGAAAAUGUAUUUGUUUAUACCAAAAGACUUGUAAAUAUUGAAACUGACCGUGUAGGUUCUAUGAAUUCUCUAAAAGCUCUAGUUCUACGUUGCUGUGUUUUGUUUAUCGUUGUAUCAGUGCUGCAUUGUCCAUUUAAAUGAACUAUUUUAUCAAAUGAUAAUUUAGUACAAAUUAUUAUCUGUAAAUCCAGGUUUUAACGUUAUAUUCAUCAAAACUGUAGAUUCUCUUUAUACAUGAAUUAAUUUUCACCUUAUUCAUAUGUUAUUUUAAAAUAAUUUUGCAUUGAAAGUAGUUACUGUUGUAAGUAUAUCAUUUUGUAUAGUCAUUCAUUUUGUUCAUUGUCAUUCAAAACUUCUAUUCUAAAUGAAGCUAUGUAAAAUUUUGCAGUUAAGUUGAAACUUUCAGACAUUUUUGCAUGAUGUGUAAUAUAAAAAUUCUUGUCCAAUAGAAAAUGUAGAAGUUAUUUAUGCUAUCGUGAAUCUCUUUGUACACAUCUCAUUUUUUUUGAACAAGGUGUCAGUGUCUUGUACAUCCCUUUGUAUUUGAUACAGUCAAGCUAUUUUGACUUAAAUCUGUGUAUUUUGCCCACAGGCAGGGGCGAGUAAAAAUAAAAAUGUUUUAAGUGAA